UACACUAUAUAAUAUAAUACAUAAGAGUUGCUAGCAGAAUUCCGAAACAGAGCACUCUCCAUCUGUUCUUCUUAUCUCUCCUCUGUUUCCCAGAUUUUCGCAUCAAUAGAAGAUUCUCGCUCUAUAAAUCCGUGAAACUGUUAGAGUUUUGUUGCAUGUAUGAACAUUAACAGCAAUAGUUUUGCCUCAAUUUCAACCCUUUCAAUACUGCGAUACUGUUUUGAAGCCUAUCUCAAGAGACGCGAUUUUGUAAGGAUCGAAGGUUGAAGAUUGAAAGGUAAUGAAGACUACGGGGGAAUCCGACUGCAUCCUUUUAGUCGAUAGCGAAAACAAGGAGAUCGAUGAAGAUAAGGAUUUAGAUAGAGAUGGAGAUAAGGAUUUUGAUGGAGGUGAUGACGAUGAUUCCUGGAAUAAAGCCAAUGAUGAUGAGCAGGACUGUGAUUCCUCUAAUAAUGCCGGUGAUGAACCUCAAUCUUCGGAUCCAUCAUGGCCUCGAAGUUACAGGAAGUCGAUGGAUCUGUUGGGUACUGUAGCAUCUCCGAGUCUGAGCUUUCUGGGGUCUCCUCCAUUAUCAUCAUUAGGUGGUUCAUUCCUUUCAUCACCACCUAAAAGGAGACAAAAUUCCAAAAUAACCACCAGUUUAGGCAACCCUCUGUUGCCACCUUUAGCAGACAACCAUCAUCCAUCACGUCAUCCUUCUGAUCUUUCACUUCAUUCUCAAUGGACAUCUUCUGCUAGAAAGUUGUCACAGCAUCAGAAAUCUCAGAUUAAACAGAGUUCCUUCGCCCAAGCUGUGAUUUUCUUGUCCAAUUCACCAAGAAGGAAAACAUCUUCUCAACCUCAAGAUCAAGGUGUAAAUCUACUUUGUGGAGUAGCACUUCUUUCUACUCCAUAUGCAGUGAAAGAAGGUGGAUGGCUUGGAUUAUCUAUCAUGUUUAUCUUUUGUGUUCUUUGUUUCUACACGGGUCUCCUCCUCCGUGACUGCUUAGAUACUCACCCCAGACUUCAGACUUAUCCAGAUAUCGGUGAAGCCGCCUUCGGCAUACCCGGUCGCUUACUCGUCUCCAUAGUUUUGUAUGUGGAGUUGUAUGCAUCAUGUGUUGAAUUCAUAAUCUUGGAGAGUGAUAACAUAUCUUCUUUAUUCCCAAAUACAAAUCUAAUCAUUGGAGGACACCAAAUAAAUUCACAUUCUUUCUUUGCAAUUAUGAUCACUCUUGUUGUGCUUCCUACAGUUUGGCUUCGCGACUUGAGUGUUCUCAGUUACAUCUCCGCUGGAGGAGUUUUUGUAAUAAUUAUUUUGGUGUGUUCCUUGUUUUGGAUCGGUUUGGUGGAUAACAUUGGGUUUCAAAUGGAAACUACAAAAAUGUUAAAUCUAUCGACUUUGCCUGUGUCUAUUGGGAUGUAUGGUUACUGUUAUGCAGGACAUGCUGUUCUUCCUAAUAUCUAUAUGUCCAUGGAAAAGAAAAGUCAAUAUCCUCUAGUCAUUUUAGCCAGCUUUGGGAUAUGUACUUUGAUUUAUGCUGGAGUUGCCAUAAUGGGAUACAUGAUGUUUGGAGAAUCAACAGAAUCACAAUUCACUCUCAACCUCCCGCCAAAUUUACUUGCUUCCAAGAUUGCUAUUUGGGCUACGGUGAUCACUCCAAACAGCAUUAGUGAUCUCUACUUUAAUCGUGGCCCUUUCUGUUCCCUUUUUUGGUCUGGUGAUGUCAUUGAUCGGAUCUUUACUCUCAAUGCUGGUGUCAUUGAUAUUUCCUUGUGCUUGCUUUUUGCGCAUCUUAAGGGGCAAUGUGACACGUUUCCAGGUAUCGAUGUGCAUAUUAAUCAUUGCAAUUGGUGUGAUCUCAUUAUCGUUUGGAACCUACACAUCCAUAUCUGAAAUCAUUCAACAAUAUUUGUAGUUUUUAGUAGUGUAAACUUUAUUUUGUCAAUCUUAUUGAUGUUCUUUGAGAAGCCAAUCUUUAACGAAGUAUUAAUCAAUGAGCAAAA